AUGCAUAUACCCUGCAUAUACUUUGCCGCCCUGGUCACCCUGGCUGCUGCAGCCGUGAUCCCGCAAGUAGACCUCGACCGUCGCCAGGACGCAGAGACAAUAACCUAUAGAGACUGUACUUGGGAGAAAGCCUUCCUAGAAGCGGACUUUGAAGAAAUGCAAGCUCUAGCGAGAAAAGCUGCAGAGCACGCCGAUAGCAACAACGGGCUCUUCAAAGCAUUCUUCGGGGAAGAACCUCCGCGGGCAAAUAUCAAGGACUCUACAAUAAAGAGUAUCAAAUCCCCUUGACUCCGGGAUAUGGAAGAAAUGGCUAACCAAGACAGAACGCUACACUGCUAUUUCAAACUUCAAAUCGAAGCCCAGGAAGAGCAUAAACAUCCGCUGCAAUACCGCCUCGAUUCCGGCCUGCAGGCCCGCCAACCAGUACUCCCCACCUCAUAUAAUGAAAUCCUAGUAGAGCACAAGAGUUCGGGAGCUAACAUCCUCCAGCAUCGUCGCAGCAGACAAGGGCGGUCCAAACAUCUACAUCUGCAACUCAUACUGGCACACCCGCAGGGACGGGCUUCUCCGGAAAAUGUCCCCUUCCAAACAACCCUCCCGCUUCCGUCCAUUGGACCAGUACAUAUCCGUUGGGGCACAGCUACUGCAUGAGCUCACGCAUGCUUGGUUCGUUAGUAAGUAGAGAGUAUCCCCCUUCCCCAGGGGGAAUUAAGUACUAAUUUGUAUUAUAGCGGAUGACCACACUGUCACUAACCCGGCUACUAGAGGAGUGGAAAAGGCCUACAGUCAUAGAAAUGCACUCUUGCUGGCGCGUGAAAACGCCGUGAAAGCUAGGGAUAAUGCGGAUAACUAUAAGCUUUUUGCUAUUGCGAGUUAUUUUGACUCUAGUCAUUGGUCGGUGAAUCCGGACCAGUUGAGUGGAGAUAGAGAAUUGUGAGUUUCUGCAUGAGAUAGGAGUAGCAGAAUGGGGGAGUUUCUUGGAUUUUCCUUUUGAGGUGCACUUGUGAUACUAGAGCAGCUGGUGCUCGUGCGGUGUUGUAUUAAAGGUUCCUGUUUUACCUCUAUGUGUAGUAGUUAGUGCAUUGGGGG